ACCCUAGAUUCCCAAUUCAGAGACCCACAAACAGCAACCCCCCUCUCUCUUUCCCCUCUCAGCAGCAGCAGUUUAUGCAGCAGAAAGAAAACUAACAAAAAUCAACAUUAUAAUUCUCAAAAAAAUGCAAGCAAUCCAACUCAAUCAAAAAUCAAAACCAACACCAAAACGUUUCAUAAAAUCCCAAAUCCCAGACUCAAUCCUGAACGACCCAUCCCUUAACGCCUCCAUCUCUCUCUUGCCUUCCAACUACAACUUCGAAAUCCACAAAUGUAUCUGGCGCGUGCGUUCCACCAACGCUAAACGCAUAGCCCUCCAGCUCCCUGAAGGCCUCCUCAUGUAUUCUCUAAUCCUCUCUGACAUCUUCACUGCCUUCGCUGACGUCACCCACUGCUUCGUCCUCGGCGACGUCACCUACGGCGCCUGCUGUGUAGACGAUUUGUCGGCUUUGGCUCUCGAUGCCGAUUUAUUGAUCCACUACGGUCAUAGCUGUUUGAUACCUAUUGAUGCCACCAAAAUCCCAUGUCUCUAUGUCUUUGUAGAAAUCAAAAUCGAUGUCAGCCGUCUGAUCAACACGAUCAGCCUCAAUUUUGGGACCCACAAGAGAAAUAUUGUGCUCGCGGGCACGAUUCAGUUUGCUUCGGCGAUCAGGGAAGCGAAACCUGAAUUGGAAAAUAAUGGGUUUGUUGUUUUGAUCCCGCAAUCGAAACCCUUAUCGGCUGGAGAGGUUUUGGGUUGUACCGCACCCAAAAUGUCAAAAAAUGUUGUUGGGAAUUUGGGCUUUAGUGAGGAGGAGAUGGUUUUGGUGUUUGUAGCAGAUGGAAGGUUUCAUUUAGAGGCAUUUAUGAUUGCGAAUCCGGGGAUUAAGGCAUUUAGGUAUGACCCUUAUUUAGGGAAGUUGUUUUUGGAGGAGUAUGAUCAUAAGGGAAUGAAGGAGGUAAGGAAAAAGGCGAUAGAGAGGGCAAAGGGAGCGAGGAGUUGGGGGGUUGUUUUGGGAACUUUGGGAAGGCAAGGGAACCCGAGGAUACUGGAAAGGUUGGAAAAGAAGAUGGGGGAGAAAGGGUUUGAUUAUAUGGUUGUUUUGAUGUCAGAAAUUAGUCCGGGUAGGAUUGCAUUGUUUGAGGAUUCGGUUGAUGCCUGGAUUCAAAUCGCUUGUCCUAGGCUUUCUAUUGAUUGGGGGGAUGCUUUUAAGAAGCCAUUGUUGACGCCUUUCGAGGCAGAGAUUGCGCUUGGGGAUUUGGCUGGUUGGUGGGAGAAGAGUUUGGUGGUGAAUUCAGGGUGCGGUGGUGGUGGGAGUGGUUUGGGAUGUGGUCAGAAGAGUGAUGGAUCAUGCUGUGAAUGUAGCAAUGGGGAUGCAAAGGGUGUGGAGAAAGAUUUUGGGGGGGAGUAUCCCAUGGAUUACUAUGCUCAGGAUGGGGGGGAAUGGAAUUCUUCUUAUGUGAAGAAACCAACUCGCCCAGUGCGGAGAAAUGUUGUCUCUUCUAUCAGAAAUGAUCCUGCUUCUUAACAUCACUGGACACAUAAGACUGUAAACUAGUGCACCUAGGAAUGGUGCUGAGGUUUCUUACUACGAAUUGACACUCGGCUGCACCCAGGUCCCUCUCAAGUCCAAAUCUAAAUAGAAGCCCCUCAAGUGGGAUCUACAACGUGUGGAUCUCUAUGGUAGGACUUCGAACUAGCUGGUAUAAACAAGUUGCGUGGAAGAGCAUUCGAUGCCAAUCAUCAAGAACUGAUGCAGAGCACUAGUACUUCUUCUCUGCUGUUCAUAUAAAAGGAAGUUUAGAUAAAGCAUUUGAGAGCUCAACAAGAGUAAUACUUGUUGCUUCAUUGGAAUGCUCUAUCGACCAUACUAGAUCGUGGAUGAUCGAACCUCCUCCACUUUUUUUUUUCUUAUAAAAUCUCUUCUUCAAGGUGUACAUCAGAAUUUCUGAAAGCGGAUAUUACCCUUUUGGAUAUUAUUGAAUCACGGCUUUAUGACAAGCUUCGUAUUUGGUGGAUGCGACUGAGAGAAUAUAGUCAAUUUCAACUAA